AUGAUUUGCCUGGCUCUCCCCUUGCACUGUGGUCUCCUGUUUCAUGCCAUUGAAACAUUUAUCAUGGCUUAUUAUCCAUCCUUACCCUUGGCCAGCACACAGGGACAUUUCCCUAGACUUGAAAACGUGGGUGCUUUCAAAAACAUUUCCAUUGUGCCAACCCAAGCUACCUGUGGACUGUCAGAGCGAAAGGCAUUUUGUCAAAGUUCGAUAGCUGUUGAAAGUAUUCAUUCAUGUACCCAAGAGUUUUGCUCUCAGGAGUGUCCAUACAGAUCAUCACCUGCUUCCUAUAUUGUCAUGCUUUCAGACGGCCUGGGCAUCUGCAUCACAAGAGACAAAAAUGAUUUGCACCCUGGAUCAUCUAAUAAUUUAUCAAGUUUUAUUUUUCAUAAUCUGCAGAGUUGCUUUUCUACCCCACAUGCCCAAAAGCUUGCAACUUCAUUUACUUUAACUGUGUGGUUGAAACCGGAGAAAGAAGGUGUAAUGUGUGUGGUGGAUAAAGCUCUUGAUGGGCAGACUGUGUUCAAGCUUACAAUCUCUGAGAAAGAGACCAUGUUUUAUUACCGCACUGUAAAUGGGCUGCAGCCACCGAUAAAGGUAAUGACACUGGGGAGAAUUCUUGUGAAGAAAUGGAAUCAUCUUAGUGUGCAGGUUCAUCACAUAAAAAUCAGCUUUUUUAUAAAUGGUUUGGAAGAUGACAACACAGCUUUUGAUUCCAGAAUUCUCACUGGAUUGAUUGCAGACCCCUCUGUUGAGGGUGAAUGGCGAGUUGGACAGAAUUUAAAUGGUUCAGAGCAAUUUGUUGGGAGGAUGCAAGAUUUCAGAUUGUACCAACUGGCACUUACAAACAGAGAUAUUUUUGAAGUUUGGUCUGGAAGAUUUCUUCAGCUCCACAGCCAGUCUGAAUGCCGCUGUCCUGGCAGUCACCCAAGGGUACAUCCUUUGGUACAUAGGUACUGCAUCCCUAAUAUUGCAGAUGACACAACUAAUGACAGAGUGCUGAGACUGAAUCCUGAAGCUCAUCCUUUGAGCUAUAUCAAUGAUAAUGAUAUCGGAACUUCAUGGAUUUCAUCUGUAUUUAACACCAUUGAACAAGUCAAUCGUGGCAUAAUCAUUACAAUAGACUUAGAAAAUGGGCAAUACCAGGUGUUUUACAUUAUACUUCAGUUCUUCAGCCCACAACCUGCAGCUGUACAUAUUCAAAGGAAGAAGCAGUAUAAUUCUGAUUGGGAAGACUGGCAAUACAUUGCAAGGGACUGCAGUGUAUUUGGAAUGGAGAACAACGGAUCACUAGAAUAUCCAGAUUCAGUCAAUUGCCUUCAGCUUCCUAGCUUUACUCCAUAUUCCCGUGGAAAUAUUACUUUCAGUGUUCUUACACCAGAACCAAAUCGCCGGCCUGGAUACAAUGACUUCUACAAUACCCCAUCACUUCAAGAGUUUGUGAAAGCCUCCCAAAUAAAGAUUCAUCUACUUGGGCAGUAUCAUACUACUGUGCCUUGGAUUGACUUUAGACAUAGAUAUUAUGGAGUUGAUGAAAUUACAGUCAGUGGAAGGUGUAAUUGUCUUGGCCAUGCUGAUCACUGUGACACAACUACUAACCCAUAUAGAUGUCUUUGCUCAGAGGAAAGCUACACAGAAGGCAACAAUUGUGAUCACUGUUGGCCACUGUACAAUGACAAGCCUUUUCAUCCAGGAGAUCAAGUUCAUGCUUAUAAUUGCAAACCUUGCCAAUGUUAUGGCCAUGCAAUAAGCUGUCACUACAACAGGACAAUGGAUUCCUUUCCUAAUGAACAUCAUAGAGGCGGCGGUGGAGUCUGUGAUGACUGUCAACAUAACACCACAGGAAGAAACUGUGAAUUGUGUAAGGAUUUCUUCUUUCAGCAUGUUGAUGCAGAUCUUUCAGCUCUGGAUGUUUGUAAACCUUGUGAGUGCAACAUAGCAGGAACCACAAACAGUAGCCAACUCUGUGAUGGGAUUGGAGGCCAGUGUAAUUGUAAGAGACAUGUGUCUGGCAGACAGUGCAAUCAGUGCCAGGAAGGAUUCUACAAUCUACAACAGUCAGACCCUGGUGGCUGCAGCCCAUGUAACUGCAAUACCUCUGGGACAGUCAAUGGAGAUAUUACCUGUCACCAAAAUUCAGGCCAGUGCAAAUGCAAGGAAAAUGUCAUUGGUCUCAGAUGUGAACACUGCAAUUUUGGAUAUAAACACCUCUUAAAUUCGAAGAAAGGUGGUUGUGUCUCUUGCCAGUGCAGUAUCUAUGGUUCUGUGAACGAUUUCUGUAACCCUUCAACUGGUCAGUGCAAUUGUAAGGAAUAUAUCAAAGGACUUUAUUGUGAUACUUGCACUGAUGGUUUUUAUGGGUUGGAUGAUCUUGGCUGUAAGUCUUGUGACUGUCAUAUAUCUGGAUCUGUUUCUGGUACUGUAUGUGACCCUAAAACAGGGCAGUGUGAUUGCAAGCCAAACUUUGGGGAAAGACAAUGCAGUGAAUGUUUGGAUGGAUACUACAGAAUGCAACUAAAUGAUUCCUUAGCCUGUGUGCCAUGUAAUUGUGACAAAGCUGGCACAGUAAACAGCUCUAUCAUGUGUGACAAAUCUACUGGACAAUGUCAUUGCAAAGCUGGUGCCAUGGGCCUUCAGUGCAGUCAAUGUAUGCCUCAUACGUACAAUCUCACUGCUGAAAAUCUUCUUGGCUGUGACAUUUGCAACUGUGAUCCUUUGGGGACACUGCCAGAAACUUUUUGUAACCAAAUCAAUGGACAGUGUGUUUGCCUGCCUCGCCAUCAGGGAAGAAGGUGUCAUAAAUGUAAACCAGGUUUCUACUUUUCUCAGCAUAGAGUCAAUGGCUGCUCUCCCUGUUUAUGCCACCCAACUGGUUCAGUAGAUGAGAUCUGCAAUAGUCGUACUGGCCAGUGUGUUUGCCAAGAUUAUUCUGUAGCUGGGACAAGAUGUGACCACUGCAGGAACUACUAUUAUGGAUUUAAUGCAGAAACAGGGAGAUGUCAGCAUUGUAAUUGUCAUCCUGCAGGAGCAAUUAAUGGAACUUGUCAUCCCAUGACUGGACAAUGUAUGUGUAAACAAUUUGCAACAGGCUCAAAAUGCGACAACUGUGUUCUUGAUGCUAGUAAUUUGGAUGUCCACAAUCUGUUUGGAUGCAGUAAAACUCCUUCCCAGCAACCUCCACCAGGAGAACAGGCUCUAAAUUCUUCUGCUAUCAGACUUUUCUGGAAUCCACCUGAUUCUCCAAAUUCAAACCAACUUGCUUAUAAUCUCUACAGAAAUGAGAGUCAAAUCUAUACAACUGAGGACAGCUACCCUUACCGCACCCAGAUCUUUACUGAUACCAAUUUGCUUCCAUACACCUUUUAUUCAUAUCACCUUGAGACGAGCAAUGUCCAUGGAUCUACUAAAAGUGCAGCCUUGACAUACAGGACACAGCCUGGAAUACCUGCAGGAAACUUGCAUUUGAACCCAGUUGUUCCUGUUGGGCCACAUUCUGUUUCAUUGCACUGGACAGCUCUGUCAAAUGACUCUGGUCCUAUAGAGAAAUAUGUUUUGACAUGCAUUUCUUCACUUGACCUUAAACCUUGUGGACAGUAUGAAGGCUUAGAAACUUCUGCAACUAUAUGGAAUUUGGUUCCAUUUACAAAAUAUAGUUUUUCUGUUCAAGCAUGUACCAGUGGAGGCUGUUUGUUGAGCCAGCAGGUAGCAGUAGUUACUGCACAGGCCCCUCCUGAGGAGCAGGAACCUCCAGUCAUACACCCCAUCAGCUCUACAGAAUUUGUUGUUGAAUGGGCCCCUCCCAGGAAAGCAAAUGGUGUAAUUAUUAGGUAUGAACUGUACAUGAGAAGAGCUCUACAAUCAGAUGAAAAUCAUAUUUCACCAGAGAAUCGUGUUUUCCAAACUAGUGGAUGGUUCAGUCCCCAGCCAUUGCUGGAAUCACCCAAUGAAAAUGCCUUGACACCCCCACUAACUAGCAUCAACAUCACUGAUUUGGAGCCAUUCACAGAAUAUGAGUUCCGCAUUUUAUCAGUCAAUAUGGCUGGAAGUACAUUUUCAAACUGGACAUCAGAAAGGACAGCAGAGGCAGCUCCAGUAUUCAUGCCAUCUCCAUCAGUAUUCCCUCUUUCACCAUAUUCUCUCAAUGUAUCUUGGGAAAAGCCGCGAGAUAAUGAAGCAAGAGGAGAAGUGAUGGGAUACAGUGUCAAUGUAAUUACUGAACAAAAAGUAUUGCCAGUGCUUUCUCAGGUAUUAUUGUUAUUAGCAGUUUUGUAUAUUGCUGAAGCUCAUGAGCAGUCCUACAUAGUGACAGGACUAGAACCAUACAGAAUGUACUAUUUCACCAUCACUCUCUGCAAUCGAAUUGGUUGUGGCAGCAGUGAGCCAGGAAUGGGACAAACUUUACCGGCUGCACCAAGACAGCUAAUUGCCCCCUACGCGGAAGGAGUAAACAGCACAGUAAUAAAGAUAAGUUGGAAUGAACCUAAAGAACUGAAUGGGCCUUUCCCAAUCUAUCAGCUGGAGAGAAUGGAUACCUCUUUAACAAGCUCAAAUGUAACUGUAACAAAAGGAAUACGUUUCCCAGGAAAUGGCUAUUACAAAUUUCCAAGUUCCACUCUGCCUGCAAAUACAUAUUUUACAGGUAUUAAAGUGAGUUUCAGAACUACAGAACUUGAUGGGCUCAUUCUUUUUUCCAUUUCUCCUGGGAAUCAAGAGGAAUAUAUUGCACUUCAGUUGCAAAGUGGACGUCCCUACUUCCUGUUUGAUCCACAGGGAUCUGCUGUUGCACUAACUCCAGAUAAUGACGGUGGAAGACAAUAUAAUGAUAACAGUUGGCACCAUAUAAUUGCUGUAAGAAAUCAAGCGCUGGGAACAAUCACUGUAGAUGGGCAGUUCACAGGCUCCUCCUCCGCUACCAGUGGCAGUACCAUUAUUGGAGAGAACACAGGAGUCUUUGUUGGAGGACUCCCACGGGGUUUUACAAUCAUAAGAAAAGACACAGGCAGUACUAAAAUAGUGAGGAAAGGAUUUGUGGGAUGUCUCCGAGAUGUAUUAUUGAAAAUGAUGCACCAUCCAUAUGAAAUCUGGAAGCCUUUAGAAUGGAAGGAAGCAGUGGAGAAAUUGAAUGUUUACCACAGCUGGGAAGGGUGUCCCAGUGUGCUUACAAAUGGAGCACAUUUUCUUGGGAAAGGUUUCCUAGAACUCCAUUCAAGCACUUUUCAUGGUGGUCUGGACACUGAGAUUUCCUUUAUAUUUAAAACAGAUCAGCUGAAUGGAUUACUUCUUUUCAUUUACAACAAAAAUGGACCUGAUUACAUUGCUGUAGAACUCAAAAGUGGGAUCCUUUCUUUUCGGCUGAAAAAUGGCAUUGUUUCUACCCGCGUGAAUCUCUGGUUAGGCUUGUCCUAUUGUGAUGGAAAGUGGAAUACAAUUCUUUUGAAAAAAGAAGGAGCCAUCGUUUCAGCAAGUAUGAAUAAACUGAUAGAACAUGUGGUGGAACCUGAUUUAGAACAGUUGUUUGUAAACUCUCCAGUCUACAUUGGAGGAAUCCCAGAUGAGGUCCAGAAUGUCUUUAAGGAGCUGGGAUUAGAAGAAGGUUUUGGUGGCUGCAUGAAGGAUGUUAAAUUUACACGAGGUGCUGUCGUUAACUUGGCAUCUGUGUCCAGCAAUGUUGUCAGAGUCAAUCUGGAUGGAUGCCUAUCAACUGACAGUGCUGUUAACUGCAGGGGAAAUGACUCCAUCCUAGUGUACCGAGGAAAAGAAAAGAGCGUUUAUGAGAGUGGUCUCCAACCAUUUACAGAAUAUCUAUACCGGGUAGUAGCUUCUAAUGAAGGAGGAUCUGUAUCUAGUGCCUGGAACCGUAGUCGCACAAGAGAAGCAGUCCCACGAAAUGUGCCAACACCCUCCAGAGUUCACUGCAUAAAUGGUUACAGUGUUGAGGUCGCAUGGGAUGAACCAGCUGGGGUCAAAGGUGUAAUUGAGAAGUAUAUUCUGAAGGCGGCCAAUGAAGAUGGUCCCAGAAUAUCUACUGUCACUGCAGAGAUUACGAAUACUAGUGCAUUCACAGGGAUGCUGACAGGCUUGCGGCCCUUUGCAAACUAUGCUAUAACCCUAACGGCUUGCACUUUGGCUGGCUGUACCGAGAGCUCACAUGCCUUGAACAUCUCCACUCCACAAGAAGCGCCACAAAAUGUCCAGCCACCCGCAGCUAUUUCAUUCCCUACAUCUUUGUUCCUGAGUUGGGCUCCACCAAAAACACCAAAUGGGAUUAUAAUAAAAUACUCUUUAUACAUGGAUGCUCAACUAAUCUAUACUGGAAAUGAAACCAAACAUAUUGUCAGGGGUUUAAGAGUUUUUACAGCAUACCAGUUUCUAAUCACUGCCUGCACUAUUGUUGGCUGUACAAACAGUUCCCAAGUCAUCUUGCUUACAGCACAGCUACCACCAAGUCAUGUGGAUGCACCAAUCCUGACGGUUUUGGAUUCUAAAACAAUAUAUGCACAGUGGAAAGCACCAGAAGAAGUAAAUGGAAAUUUACUUGGCUAUAUUCUGUAUAUUAACAGUGAUGACACAAAUGAUUCCUCUUGGAAUGUAAUCUAUAAUUCUUCAUAUCUCUUUCGGGACUAUACAGUCCAACAACUUUUCCCUGGAACUGUAUACUUCAUAAAGCUAGCAGCCUGCACAGGAGGUGGGUGUACAAUAAGUGAAGCUACUUCAGCAGUAACAACGGAGAGCACCCCAGAAGGUGUUCCUGCUCCAGAAGCCCAGUCAUAUUCCUCUGACUCCUUUAACAUCUCGUGGACUAAGCCAGAGUACCCGAAUGGAUUUAUUACUAGUUAUGGAUUGUGUAUGAAUGGCAUAUUGGUACAGAACUCCUCCCAGAUGAGUUAUUAUACUUCUGGACUUUCUCCUUGGAGUCUGCAUUCCUUCAGAGUUCAGGCAUGUACUGCAAAAGGCUGUGCUUUAGGCCCACUGGUGGAAGCUCGUACACUUGAAGAUAUCCCUAAAGGAAAAAUUGUAAUAUUUGUCAUUAAUGAUGGCUCCAGAAAAGUUCGGGUGAAAUGGCAUCCUCCACAUGAACCAAAUGGGGAUAUUAUCUAUGCUGUUCUUUUUACUGGCAUCUUUUAUGCAGAUGAAGAUAAUGGCAAUUAUACCAUUUUAAAUGGCACACAAAUUUUAUAUACCACAAAAGAAGCAAAUAUUUGGGUUUCCAUUAGUGGAUUAAUCCCAUUUUCAAAUUACACAGUUGAAGUGAAUGCUUCCAAUAGCCAAGGCUAUGUGAUAAGUGAGCCUGUUACAAUUGCUAUACCUCCUGGUGCACCAGAUGGCAUGUUGCCUCCAAGGCUUUCAUCUGCCAUGCCAACCAGUCUUCAGGUUGUCUGGUCUAUACCAGUUCGCAACAAUGCUCCAGGCCUGCCCAGCUACCGACUUCAAAUGAGGCCCAGUCACUCCCCAGAAGAUAUCCUAGAGUUGUUUUCCAAACCAACAGCAUCUUUAAAUUAUGUAGUCACAGAUCUGCAACCAUACACUUCAUAUGAAAUACGGGUUAUUGCCUGCAAUGGAUAUGGUGAUACAUACAGUGACUGGACUCUAAUGGUUACCGCAGAAGAUGAACCAGGUCCUAUAGACCCACCACUCCUAUUGGAUGUUAAAUCCAGAGAAGUAACAAUCUCCUGGCAGCAUCCAUCAAAGCCAAAUGGCAUCAUCACCCACUACAACAUUUACCAAAACGAGCAGCUGCACACUACUAUUCCAGGCAUCACAUCUAAAUGUAUUGUACAUGAUUUGCACCCUUACACAAUGUAUCAGUUUCAGGUAGAAGGAUGUACCUCUAAAGGAUGCUCUCUCUCUCCAGAGACUCUGCCCAUACAGACCCUCCCAGAUGCUCCAGAAGAUAUUCCUGCUCCAGAGCUAUAUUCAGACACACCAACAUCGGUUCAAGUAUCAUGGCAGUCUCCUCUUCAUCCAAAUGGGCUGGUUCAAAACAUUACAAUUGAGAGGAGAGUAAAGGGAACACAACAAAUAUCCACAAUUGCCACCUUGCCCUUCAAUUAUUCCAAAAGUUACUUGGACCAAAGUCCUGCCCUUAGCCCUUGGAAGAUGUAUGAAUACAGAAUCUUGGCAAAUACCUUUGAAGGAGGCAUCAACAGUAGUGCUUGGGCAGAAGUUAUCACAAGACCAUCAAGACCUGCAGGCAUCCAGCCUCCAAAGGUACAAGUUUUAGGACCAGAUACUGCACAGGUGUUCUGGCAGGAUCCCUUCAUACCAAAUGGAGAAGUACUUAGCUAUGAGAUCCGCAUGCCAGACCCUCGAAUCACCCUUACCAAGAACAUGUCAUCUUCAAUGAGCCACAUAGUAACCAACCUAAUCCCUUUCACUAACUACUCAGUCACUAUUGUGGUUUGCUCUGGAGGUGGUGGCUACUUUGGAGGAUGCACAGAGAGCCUACCUACCUAUAUGAUUACCCAUCCAACACUUCCUCAAAGCAUUAGCCCAUUGUCUGUGACCACAAUUAGUGAGUCCUUUAUUGCUGCUUCAUGGCAGCCACCAGCCAGACCCAAUGGUCCCAACAUAAGAUAUGAGCUCCUGAGACGUAAAAUCCAGCAGCCACUUGCAUCAAAUCCCCCUGAAGAUUUAAAUCGCUGGCACAAUAUUUAUUCAGGAACUCAGUGGUUUUAUGAAGAUAAGGGUCUUAGCAGGUACACAACAUAUGAAUAUAAGCUCAUAGUGCACAAUGAUGUAGGAUAUACAUCAGGUGAAGAAGUAGUGGCUACAACAUUGGCAGGUUUUCCGAAGAAGGCGAGUAAUGUCACGGGAUGGCCUCUUAACCACACUGCUAUAGAAGUGAAAUGGACCAUCCCAACGCUACAGGAUUUACAAGGAAGCAUUGAAUAUUACCUCCUCUUUUGGAAUGAUACUGUUCAUGGCAACUCCAGGAAGAUCCCUGCAGGUGAAAACCAUGCUUUCAUUGGUGAACUACAUCCUAAUACGGAGUAUCAGAUUUUGCUUCACAUUUUCAAUGGUGUUCACAGCAUCACAAGUGAGGCAGUUCAUGUGACUACACUGGAUGGAGAGCCGGAGGGCAUGUUCCCUCCAGAGGUUGUCAUCAUCAACAGUACAGCUGUACGUGUCAUCUGGACAUCGCCUUCAAACCCAAAUGGUGUUGUCACAGAAUAUUCUGUGUAUGUAAAUAAUAAGCGAUACGAGACUGGAAUGAAGACACCUGGGUCUUUUCUUUUAGGAGAUUUGUCUCCAUUCACUAUUUAUGAUAUACAGGUUGAAGUUUGCACAGUAUAUGCAUGUGUGAUAAGUAAUGGAACCCAAAUUACAACUGUGGAAGAUGAACCAAAGGAGCUAUCAGCACCACAGAUUCAUGUCCUUGGCCCAAGGGCACUUCAGAUUAACUGGGCAUCACCAGGACAACCAAAUGGCAUUAUCUUAGGAUAUGAUUUGUUGCGUAAGGCUCACCAUCGGUGCAGUGUGGCACAACAGCAAUCAAACCACCGAAGUGGAGGUGCAUGUCUAUCCUUGGAAUGUGAUAUCAAUGAAAACAUCUGUGGAGAACAAUGCUAUAAUCCCCAGUUUAAGGUAUGCUGUAAUGGGAUACUGCACAACAGUACACCAGGUUUCCAGUGCUGUGAGGACAAAUACCUCCAUAUUAAUACAUCAGGUGUUUGCUGCGGUGGCCAGAUGCAUGCAGUGCAAUCAGACUAUGAGUGUUGUGGUGGCUAUUACACAAGGGUAAUGGCAGGGGAAAUAUGCUGUCCAAAUGAAGAAAACUGGGCCUCUGUUGGUAUUGGAGACUCCUGCUGCCAGGGGAUUCCUUACUCUGUAUCAGGGAACCAGAUAUGUUGUGGUGGCUUACUCCAUGAUGGCUACAAUCAGCAAUGUUGUGGUGGGAAAAUAGUAAGCAAAGACUUCAUCUGUUGUGGUACUAAAGAAAAUGGGACAGUCUAUCAAUCUACAUCAGGAAUGUUCUGUUGUGGACAUGAAUAUGUGAAUAUGUCAAGUACCAUAUGCUGCACAUCUUCCAGUGGUGAGUCUAAAGCCCACAUUAAAAAGAAUGACCCAACGCCAUUAAAAUGCUGUGAGACUGAACUUAUUCCAAAAAGCGAGGAAUGUUGUAAUGGACUUGGAUAUAAUCCUUUGAAAUAUGUUUGUUCUGACAGGAUUUCAGCUGGAAUGACGAUGAAGGUAAAAGAAGAAUGCAAAGCAAGCACUUUGUGCCCUAUAUCCAUGGAAGCGACAGCAUACUGUGGGCAAUGUGAUUUUGACAAGCAUGCUCAUAUAUGUUCUUGGAUCAAAAGCUCCUGGGGUAAUUCGAGGAAUAAAGAAGAUGAAGGCAUGUGUCCAGCUUUGGAGGAGAAGGUCUACACAGGGGGGGGCCCACUCAAUAUUCUUUCCUUCCUAGAUCAGAACCUAGAGCCUUAUGUUACAUAUGAAUACCGGGUAGCUGCGUGGAACAAAUAUGGGAAAAGUUUAAGUGAAAUUGGAAGUGCUACAACUAAACAAGACGUACCUGAAGGUAUAAGUCCACCCCAGUGGACCAAAGUGGAUAAUCGAGAAGACAUAAUCUUUCUAAACUGGGAAGAACCCCGUCACCUAAAUGGUAUCAUUAUUCAUUACAUUAUUCUCCGAAAUGGGGUUGAGCGUUUCCGAGGAAAAGAGCUGAGCUUCAUGGAUACCAGUGGUAUCCAGCCAUAUCAGGAAUACAUAUAUCAAUUGCGUGCUUGUACUGUUGCUGGCUGUGCAGAUAGUAGCAAGGUAGUUGCAGUCACUGUCCAAGGAGUCCCAGAGAGUGUUCAGCCACCAACAGUUACAGCUCUGAGUGCAACAGCAUUGCAUUUGAGUUGGACGGCACCAAGAAAGCCAAACGGUAUCAUCAGAGAAUACCAGAUCAGUCAAACUGGGAAAGGUCUUAUACACAGUGACACUGCAGGCAAGAUGCAGCAUACAGUAUCAGGUCUUCACCCUCACAGAAACUACAGCUUCACACUUGCAGCAUGUACAUUUGUUGGAUGUACUUCCAGUCAGGCAAGUUCAAGUAGAACAUUGCAAGCUUCUCCUCAAGGGGUAUGGUCUCAACCUCGUCAUAUCAUAAUUAGUUCCACAAUUGUGGAAGUGUAUUGGGAUGAACCAGAACAACCCAAUGGAAUUAUUUCUCUGUACCGAUUGUUUCGAAAUGGAGAAGAGAUUUUCAACGGUGGUGAAAGAAAUCUCAAUUUCACUGAUUCUGACCUACAACCAAACAGAAGAUAUGUUUACCAGCUAGAAGCUAGCACAUGGGGUGGUAGCAACACAAGUGACAAAUACAUCAUCCAGACACCAUUAGCCACACCAGAGGAAAUUCCCAUCCCAUAUAAUGUCACAACAAUAGAUGCAUAUUCCAUAUUUGUUGCUUGGGACCCUCCUGGAUCAUUUAAGAUCAACGUGCCUUUGAAAUACAAUGUUUUAUUAAAUGCUGGCAGUACCUCCUCACUUGUAAAACCAGUUGGCCAGCCCACGUUUACUCUUUUGGAUGGUCUGGAUCCAUACACACAAUAUGAGAUAAGGAUACAAGCCUGCCAGGAUGUCGGCUGUGGAGUUGGCAAGUGGAUAUAUGCAGUGACAGAUGAAGCUCCCCCUCAAGAUUUGAGUCCACCCAUCAUAGCAGCCACUGGAUCAACCUCUAUAGAGGUCAAAUGGUGCCCACCUAAGAAACCCAAUGGAAAAAUUAAAAACUACUUUGUUUACAGACGUCCUGUGGGAACUCAAAAGAAACUGCUUGUAUUCAUCUGGUCUGAGGGCGCUUUAGAAUUUGUUGAUGCUACAGAUGUUCUUCAGCCAUUCACGGGGUAUGAAUAUCAUGUCAGAGCUCAGAAUUCCAAAGGUUCUGUGAAUAGUUUGUGGUCUUCAACACAAACCUUAGAAGCGCCACCUUGGGGCAUGAGAGCUCCCUGGGCCCAGGCUGUAAGUGCUUAUUCUGUGCUCUUAAACUGGACCAAGCCUACUUCUCCUAAUGGUCCUAUCUCUCGAUAUCGCGUGGUCUAUCAAGAGAGGCAGAAUGAUCCAACAUUUAAUACUCCUGCGGUUACUGCACUAACUCUACCGGGAACCUUACAUCAAACUCAUUUAUUUGGUUUGAAGCCAUUCACAACAUACCACAUCCAUGUUGUUGCUGUAAACAAUGCUGGGCAUGUUUCAAGCCCAUGGACCUCUGUACGCACUUUGGAAGCUUCCCCAAAUGGCCUCAGAAACUUUACAGUGGAAAAGAAGGAGAAUGGCCGGGCGCUAUUGCUUAAAUGGGCAGAGCCUUCAAAGCCCAAUGGUGACAUUAAGAUUUACAAUAUUUUCAGUGACAAUCACCUAGAAUACAGUGGUUUGUCCCGUCAAUUCCUCUUCAGACGGCUUGAGCCUUUCACUCUUUACACUCUGGUCCUUGAAGCUUGCACAGUAGCUGGCUGCACUCGUUCUUUGCCCCAGCCAAUCUGGACAGAUGAAGCCCCUCCUGCUUCUCAGAUGGCACCUGUAAUUGAGUCUGUGAAUGCAACCAGCAUUGGAGUAAGAUGGUCUGAGCCAAUUAAUUCAAAUGGGAAAAUAAUAUACUAUGAAGUUAUUCACAGAAACACCAAAGAAAAUGCUUCAGGGAAAAAUGCAACAACAGAAAAAGAGGAAAUUGUUUUCACAGAAUAUAACACUGGAAGUAAUACUUUUGUAUAUAAAGCUGAAGGUUUGCAGCCAUGGACUAGUUAUGAAUAUAAAAUACGUGCCUGGAAUUCAGCUGGCUAUACAGAUAGUGCUUGGUCAGUUGCAAAAACCAGCCAAGCACCUCCAAAGGGCUUGGCUCCACCUUUCUUGAAGUAUAUUCCAGGAAACCCAGACAAAACAUUGAUUUUAUGGUCCUCCCCAGAAGAACCCAAUGGCAUUCUGCAGUCUUACAGGCUCCAAAGAAAUGGUGUUCCCUAUCCUUUUAGCUUUGAUGCUACUACUUUCAACUAUACUGAUGAAGGCUUACAACCAUAUUCAGAAUACUUCUAUGCUGUCACCGCUUGUACAAUGGGAGGGUGUUCUACCAGUGACCACACCAGCAUACGAACACUUGAAGCAGCUCCAGCUGUAGUGAGCACUCCCACUAUAGAAGAUCUAAGUUCCACCCAUGUUAAUGUAUCCUGGUCAUCGCCCCAAAUUCAAAAUGGAGAAAUCACAAAAUACAUUUUAAAAUUAAAUGGUGAAGAGCUCUAUGUGGGGAAAAGUUUGUCCCGAAAAGUGCUGAAUCUACAACCUUACACUAAGUAUGACCUUACAUUGGUUGCAUGUACAAAUGGAGGCUGUACAGCUAGUGCAUCCAAAUAUUUUUGGACAAUGGAGGCUCCUCCACUUAACAUAGACGUCCCUAGUUUGCUGGUGACGGGUUCAGAAUCAAUAGAAGUCACAUGGAAGCCUCCUGCAAAUCCAAAUGGUAAAAUCCAAAUGUAUGAGCUGAGGAGAAAUGGACUUCUGAUUUAUUCAGGUCUGGAACCUCGCUAUCAUGACUUCAUGCUCACUCCAGGAAAAGAAUAUAGCUACACUGUUACUGCAAACAACAGCAAAGGAAGUAUUACUAGUGCAGUAGCUAAAAUUAGAACCAAUCCUUCUUCCCCUUCUGGAAUGUCCCCUCCUAGACUGCAAGCAUUGUCCUCAGAAACUAUUUUAGUUACUUGGGAUCCUCCAGCAAAAGUUAAUGGUGAAAUAAUCAAUUAUACAAUCACUAUUCGGGAUCCUAUUAAACCAGAAAAUAAAUUUUUUCACCUAGAUUCAUCUCAUGUUUCUUUCAGAGGGCGGUCCUACACUUCAGCAGAACUAGAACCCUAUCGCAGGUAUGAAGUUCAAGUGCAAGCUUGCACACUCUUGGGCUGCACUUCCAGUGAAUGGGCUUCUGUGGAAACGCUUGAAGCACCCCCUGAAAUACAGCUAGCCCCUCUCAUAGAUGUGCAAUCAAGUCAUGAUGGAGUCCAGUCUGUUCUUUCUAUUGUGUGGUCGGGACCAAAACAGCCAAAUGGAAAGAUCUUAUAUUAUGAGCUUUAUCGACGACAAACAAUACCCAGUCAACGAAAUCUAGACCUAGUACUCAUUUAUAAUGGUUCGUCCACCUCCUUCAAAGACACCACGCUCCUGCCUUUUACUGGAUAUGAAUAUCAGGUUUGGUCAGUAAACUCUGCAGGACGGGCUGGUAGCAAGUGGACCCAGUGUAAGACAGGCCCAGCACCUCCUCAAGGACUUCAUGCGCCCGUUUUUGACACAGUGGCUUCUACUUCAGCGGUGGUGAAAAUCAGCCCUCCUCUUAAACCAAAUGGAAUAGUCAGUCUCUACAGGUUAUUCUCAAACAAUACCAAAGGAAGAGAUAUGGUGCUAUCUGAAGGAACUUCUACUCAGCAAACAAUCCAUGGACUCAAGCCUUUUACUACCUAUUCUGUUGGAGUUGAGGCCUGCACUUGUUUCAACUGCUGCAGUAAAGGACCAGUGGCACAGGUCACUACACAGCCAGCUCCACCUUCACAUCAGCCUCCUCCCUACAUACACAGUAUGACCUCAAGGAAUGCUUCUUUUCAGUGGGAUGCACCUCAAGAACCCAAUGGCAUUGUGAGGAGGUAUGAACUCCACAUGUAUUCAUCCUGCCCCCCUCCUUUACAGCCAACAGAAAGGACUUGCAAGCCUGGCCCAGUUGAAGUGAAAUAUGCAGGAAAUGACCAGAAGUCCAAUGUGAGUGAUCUACAGCCUUAUACAACCUACAAGCUGAGAGUGGUAUCCUAUAAUUCAGUAGGCAGCACAUCUUCAGACUGGAUCAGCUUUAUGACAACAAAAGAGGUACCUCAAUACAAAGCUCCAUUUACAGUUGUCAGCAAUUUAUCUACCAUCUACCUCGACUGGAGUCACACUUUCCUACUGAAUGGGCCGCUGAAGGAAUAUGUGCUAAUGGAGGGAGGGCAACGCAUCUACAGUGGCUUUGACACCAGCCUAUAUUUGCCAAGGACAUCAGACAAAACCUAUUUAUUUCAGAUAUCAUGCACCACUGAUGAAGGAAGUGCAAUAACACCAGUGAUCAAAUACAACACUGCUGCAGGUCUUGGUCCCAUAUUAACAACCCCAGGAAGAAAUCACGAAGCAGAGAAAAAGGAGGCAACAUUCUACACAGAGUUAUGGUUUGUAGUCUUGAUGGCUAUCCUUGGUUUGAUCCUUCUGGCAAUUUUUCUGUCUGCAAUUCUACACAGGAAAAUCAGUAAGCAGCCAUAUGCACGAGAAAGGCCUCCUUUAGUCCCACUACAAAAGAGGAUGUCACCGAUGAGUGUCUAUUCACAGGGAGAAACGCACAUGGGACUAGCAGACACAAAAAUUCCAGGGCCAGCAUCUCCUACAAGUAUCCGUAGCAGUCGAAGCACUUCUGUCCUUCAGGUACCAAGCCAGAUACAGCACACUUUUUCCCAAGGUUCCCUACAUCGCAGCGUCAGUCAGCUUAUUGAUGUCUACGAUAAAAAGUCUUUGAUAGAAGAUACUGUUUGGGACACUAUCAUUCAUGGUCACAACAGUGGUUUGUAUGUGGACGAUGACGAUCUUGUGACUGCUAUCAAAGGCUUCAGCACUGUCACUAAAGAGCACACAACAUUUACUGACACACAUUUAUGAGUAGUUUUUCUGGUGUUCCAACAAAAACAAGAAUAUGGAAGGUGAUUAUAAUUCAAGCCAUUCUGAAUACAUUUGCCUUGUUCAGUUUUUGGGAUCUAAUGUGCCUACUAUAACUUUACCAGUUAAUGAAUAAUCUCUUUGAUAGCACAUGCUUGAAAUUCUUUUUCUAAAAGAGAACAACAUACAUUAUCAGUGUUAUUCAAUGAUAUUUGUAUCAUGUAUUUCUAGGAAAAUGUAAUUAUAUAGCAAAAAUAUUUGUGUGAGGUUUUUCUAAAAAAAAUAUGGUUUUGAUAGGUGUCUGUUACUGUAAAGAAAUCUUUACAAAAUACCACUUAAGGAAAUUGUGACAAUGGCUAACUGGUCAAUAUAUACAAAACUCUGAUCUUAAAUUUUAACUAAAACCUACUAGUUUCCAAGUUUUUAAAAUGCAAUUUCUAUCCAGGUGCACCAGAUUAAAGUGUUCUAGUUUAUCACAGAAGGAAAAUCAGGGGGUAAACGUCAAUUCGCAGUUGAAAAUUGUGCAGUUGUGAUGAACAUUUACACACGAAGUCAUGAUUA